UAGUCGACAACUGUAAAAAGUAGGAGUCAGAGGAGAGUCGUUGUUGUCGGGCUUAAACUGCACAGGCUGAGGGAGAUGGUUGUUGAUCCGAGGUUGGAGCUCAUUAGGCAGAGAUAGUUUGAGAUUCACAGUCUGUGAUGAACGAGUUUUUCCGGCUGGCAGGUUGGAUUGUUCUACCAGCAGAUUAGGAAGCAAUACCAUGGUCGGAGUAGAGUGCAGGUCUGAGCAGGCGAGGGUGUGAUCGCUCCGAGAGGUUGGUAGCUGGUCAGGCCGAGGCGGCAGAGGAGAAGAAGAAUGGCUCGAAGUGUUGACUUUGACCUGAGUCACACCCUCAUGGAAGCUGGACUGGAAAGCCCAGCAGAUGAGGAUGGUGUCCAUGAUUCGUUCAGCCAGCUGAUCGCAGAACAGAAUCAGAGCGAAGGGCUGUCUGCCAUCGAGCUGCAGGAUCUGCAGAGGGAUCUGGAAGAGGAGGGUCAAGACCAUGUGGCACACUUGUCAGGCCCUGAGUAUCGGGGAUGGAUAGGAAGUGGUGACACCGAAGAAGAGGACAAUGAAAGACAAACAGACUCCCUCAUCAAGGAACCCUGGUCUUCAGCCACCAUGAAGAUCCUCUCCUCCAUGCCUAGUCGAACUAUUGGACGCAGCAGAGGAGCCAUCAUCUCUCAGUACUACAACAGGACCAUGCUACUUCGAAGACGCAGGCAGAGCAGGCCGGCUAUCAAAGACUACUCUCGCUCUGCCAGGCCCAGCAUACGAGGUUAUGGCGUGGAGGCAGAUACUACAGACUCAGCAGAACGAAAGCAGGAGCGCUUGGUAAACAACCUGCAGAACCUCCCGGUGGGUGACAGAGUCAGAAUGCUCCGGGCAAUGCCUCUGAAUUUGGCUGAGAAAAAAAAACUCAGGAGGUUGACGUUAGAAAAGAAUAAACUGACACAUUCCAGCAGUGGGAUUUUCUGUUGCAGUCGUCUGAAAUUGUACAUCAUUAUAGCUUUGAGGCACAGCUGGUACAGCUGGUUAUCCUUCCUGCACUCCCUCCAUCUGUGGCAAAUGCCGCUCAAGAGAGUCAGCGGGCGCUUUGGCACCGGGGUCCUCUCAUACUUCUUGUUCCUCAAGACUCUUCUGUUCUUCAACCUGUUCCUGUUCCUGGUCAUGGGUGGAUUUUUAGUGCUUCCACAGGCAAUUUACCCCCCAGAGCUGCAUAAAAACAGGGAGCCCUUCACUGGGCUGGAGCUCCUCACCGGAGCGGGCUACUUCUCUGACACCCUGAUGUACUAUGGAUACUACAGUAACUACACACUGCGAAGCCACAUGAAUAACUGUACAGAGAAUAACUUGCCCAGUUCUGCCAAACAGGAGUGCGAGUCAAAGUACCCCUCCUACAACAUGCCGCUAGCAUAUUUCUUCACAAUAGGGAUGGCCUUCUUCAUCACAUGCAUCAUCCUGGUGUACAGCAUGUCAAAAUCGUUUGGUCAGAGCUUCAGGAUCGACAAGUAUCACGGUAUGUUGGCCAUGAAAGCCUUCUGCUCAUGGGACUUCAAGGUCGUCAAGAAAAGCUCUGUCAAACUCAUGUCUGAAAACAUCUGCACCCAGCUCAAGGAGCUGCUGGCAGAAGUAAAUCAGCGGCACAAUAAGAAUACAGCGUUACAGAAGUUGUGGAGACUGAUGGUUCAUAGCCUGGCAUGGACAAUCUGCAUUGCUGGUACCACUGGAUGUGUGAUUGCCAUUUACUUCUCCUCAGAUUACGUACACAAACAGCAAAGGGCUGGUAAUGUUUCCAGUGAUUCAUUAUUGAAAGAAGCUAGCCUUUUGGCUCUGCCUGUCCUCGUCUCCCUCAUCAACUUGCUGUUACCGGGCCUCUUUAACCUCGCAGCCUGGAUGGAGGAGUACAACUCUCCAUCUGUACGCACAUAUGUUGCAAUCAGUCGAAACUUGCUGUUAAAAGUGAGCGUGCUUGGAGUCCUCUGCUACCAUUGGUUGGGUCGGGUGGCUUAUAAUUCUGACAGUGAUAUUUACAUUAAGACAUCAUCUCAGUGCUGGGAGAGUUUUGUUGGUCAGGAGCUUUAUCGCUUCCUUAUCAUCGACUUCAUCUUCACUCUGCUGAAUACCUUGUUUGGGGAGCUGCUCUGGAGGAUAUUUUCUAACAAAGUGCUCAAGCACAAACGAAGACCUGGGUUUGAUAUUGCCAAGAAUGUCCUGGAUCUCAUCUAUGGACAGACAUUAGCCUGGUUGGGUGUUCUCUUCACUCCUCUCCUGCCUGCUGUGCAGGUUCUUAAACUGCUGCUGCUCUUCUACAUUAAGAUGAGCAGUGUGAUGAUGAAUUGCCAGGCCCCCAGGAGGCCCUACAGAGUCAGCCAGAUGACCACCAUCUUCAUCACCCUCCUGUGCUUCCCCUCCUUCCUCGGUGCCUCUGUGUGUGUCACUUACACCAUGUGGAGUAUCAACCCCUCAGAAUCAUGCGGCCCCUUCCGUGGGAGCAAAACCAUGUUCCAGGCGGGGAAACACUGGAUAGAAGAACUGGAAAAAGAAAACCCCCACUUGUCUCUGCUGGCCAGGGCUCACACCUAUCUGGUGGAAAACCCCUUUUUCCUGUUUGUGGGAGCUGCCAUUGCUCUGAUUGUUAUCUACUUUCAUAGUCAGGUGGUGGACGGCCAACGGAAGAUCAUCACUUUAUUGCAGGAGCAGAUAGAAAAUGUGGGAAAAGAUAAAAAGUUCCUAAUUACUCGGCUUCAGUCCAUGCAUGAGCAGAAAAGGACCCCAAACCGAAGCCUCGCAAGUCAGGAUUCUGGAUGUUAAGGCCGCUGAGCCCCUGGAAGAUAAAUUUCCUCAAUUGUCUGAGGAAUCUUCAGCCACAGGGUUUGGAACUGGAAUAGCAACAAGGAAAGAUGAGCUGUAUGGAACCACUGGCUAUCUCUUUUGUAAAAGAAAAACUUUUUAUAAAUAUUUAUAUACUUUUAUCUUUGAUACCUUAUCUUCAAGGUUUGACAGAAUUAUGUGUCAUAGGAUAGAACAAGAUCUUUUCAGAAGCUAACUGAACAACAUCCAGAUCAUCUCUUCUAAAGGAGCACUUUUAUACCAACUGUGAAUUUUUUUUUCCUGUUGUAAAAAUUAUAACACAUAUUUUUUUUUGUGUGUGCCAUUGAUAAACUUUGGGUUUUCAGGGGUGUGUUGUUGUAAAUGUGUUUUCUAUUUUUCUUUUUAUAGUGAAAUCAUCUCUGUGCUUAAGUAAAUUACAUUUUACUA